AUGAAGAAUCUGGGACCAUUGCGGUAUUUUUUUGGUAUUGAGGUGGCUUCUUCUCCCAAGGGUUACUUUCUGUCCCAAGCUAAGUAUGCCAAUGAGGUUAUCCAUCGUGCUGGACUUACUGACACUAAGCUUUCUGAUACCCCCAUUGAGCUUAAUGUAAAACUCAACACUACUGAUGGUGUUCCCUUAGACGAUCCUACGUUAUAUCGUAAGCUUGUGGGUUGCUUAGUCUAUCUAACAGUUACUCGCCCUGAUCUUGCCUUUGUUGUCCAUGUGGUUAGUCAGUUUGUUUCUGCUCGUCGCUCUACAUAUUCGGCUGCUUUGCUUCGGAUUCUUCGCUGUCUUCGCAGUACUAUCUUCCAAGGCUUGCUAUUCUUUUCUACUUCUUCCUUAGACUUGGUGGCUUAUGCUGAUGCUGAUUGGGCUGGUGAUGUUAAUGAUCGUAAAUCUACUUCUGGUUUUUGUAUCUACCAGGAUUGUUAUUGUGAAACUAUUUAUCCUGUUCCAAUUGUUGGCAAACUUGGUUUUUCUAAACAGAAUACAAUAACCUCCAUCAGUGAAUUAGUGAUGGUAAUGAGAUGCAGUAGCUGUGGGAAGAAAGGACAUCACAACAAGAAUACCUCUAAAGAAGUUCUUGAGUAA